CCCCUUCUCUCCAAACUCCACUUACUCUUUCCCCUUCAUCUUCAACAUUUCUCAUCUUGCAGGCUUCAAUGAGUUGUUGACCUCUCAAUUCAUCUUCCCUGUGCGCUUCGUCUCCCUGUUUGUCGUCGUUGUUUUCCGAAAAUGGCGUUGGAUCUGAUGAGUUUUCCAAAGAUGGAUGAUCAGACGGCUAUUCAAGAGGCUGCAUCACAAGGAUUGAAGAGCAUGGAGCACUUGAUCCGCCUUCUUUCUCACCAGUCAAACCACGUCGAUUGCACUGACGUCGCCGAUCUCACUGUCUCUAAGUUCAAAAAAGUCAUCUCACUACUCAAUCGAACUGGUCACGCCCGGUUCAGACGCGGACCGAUUCAGUCCUCAUCUUCCUCGUCUUCCCCAUCAUCAUCCUCUGCUUCUCUAACUGUUCCUAAUUCCCACAAGAAUCUAAGUCUAAUUCCGGCUCCGAUUGCAACACCGGCUGCGGCUCCGGUUAGUUUCGUUCAAUCGCAGCCACAGAGUUUGACUCUCGACUUUACAAAACCUAGUUUGUUUAGCGCCAACACUAAAAGUACCGAGUUUGAGUUUACAAAAGAAAGCUUUAGCGUUUCGUCGAACUCUUCGUUUAUGUCUUCCGCGAUCACCGGAGAAGGUAGCGUUUCCAACGGGAAGCAAGGGUCCUCUCUAUUCUUGACGCCGAAGCCUGCCGUUUCCGCAGGAAAACCACCGCUAUCCUCUUCAUACAAGAAAAGGUGCCACGAACAUGACCACUCCGAUAACUUCUCCGGCAAGUUUUCCGGCUCUAUCAACGGCAAGUGUCAUUGCUCGAAACGAAGAAAAAAUAGGCUGAAGAAAGUAAUCAGAGUUCCAGCUAUCAGUUCGAAGAUCGCCGAUAUUCCACCAGACGAAUAUUCUUGGAGGAAGUACGGGCAAAAGCCGAUCAAGGGCUCGCCAUACCCACGGGGAUAUUACAAGUGCAGUACCAUCAGAGGGUGCCCUGCAAGGAAACACGUGGAGCGAGCCCCAGAUGAUCCGUCUAUGUUGAUUGUAACUUACGAAGGGGAGCACCGCCACUCUCAACCCGCGAUGCAAGAGAACAUGGCUCCUGCCUUGGGACUAGUUUUCGAGUCAACGCCAUAAAAAAAAAAAAAAAAA